UCGAAUAAAUAUGAAUUAUUAUUUCUAAUUCAGGGUACACUUCUUUUAUGGCUAACAACUAUGAUACCACAAGCAAAGCCACCUCCAUGUAUCAUAGCAACUUCCGAAAGCCAAUGUUUAGGACCGACAUUCUACCAACUCGUCUUACUAUGUUCGUCGUUCCUAUUAAUGUCGGUUGGGGCCGGGGGAAUCCGAUCGGCUUCUGUUGCUUUCGGUGCGGAACAACUCAAGGAUUCCGACACCUUAGAGCAAGUUGGAGCGAUGGAAACGUACUUAGGUUGGUACAACGCGAUGUCCGCCUUGUCGGUUGUUAUCGCGAUGACUUUCAUAGUUUAUAUUCAAGAGAAGUUCGGUUGGCGAGUAGGGUUUGGAGUGCCAGCGGUUCUUAUGCUUGUUUCCGCGCUUUCGUUCUUCAUGGCUUCGUCACUUUAUCGGAAUUCAAACACGAGUAAGUCGAGUUUGAUGACUGGUUUAGUUCAAGUGGUUGUGGCGGUUUGUCGGAAGAGGGGUGUUGAGUCGACGGUUUCUGAUGGGAAUAAGGCUAAUUCGUUGUAUUAUCGUGGGAAGGAAUCGACGACAUUGGUUCCAAGCGACAAACUAAGUUUUUUUAACAAAGCUUGUAUAAUUGAAGAUGCUGAGAAUGACCUAACCAUAGAUGGAAAACCUUCCAAUCCAUGGAGACUUUGCACAAUAGAUCAAGUUGAGGAUUUAAAGGGACUAAUUAAGCUUAUCCCAAUAUGGUCAACAGGAAUUCUAAUGACAGUCAACUUAAGCCAAAACACAUUCCCCAUAAUCCAAGUUAACUCCAUGGACCGCCACAUUACACCAACUUUCCAAAUCCCAGCAGCCUCAUUCACCAUCUUCAUGAUCCUCUCGAUGAUCGCAUGGAUCGUAAUCUACGACCGAAUUCUCAUCCCUACUGCAUCCAAGAUCAUGGGAAAGCCAGCUAACCUUAGCCCCAUCACAAGGAUAGGGCUCGGGCUAUGCUUCGCUUUCCUCUCAAUGGUAGUUCGAGCCAGCGUGGAAACUACUCGACGAUCCCUAGCACAUGAACUAGGGAUCGUCGACGACCCGACAUCUGUCGUGCCGAUGUCGGCUAUGUGGUUGUUGCCACAAAACAUGUUGAUGGGAGUGGCGGAUGCGUUGUGUGUGGUGGGACAAACUGAGUUGUAUAUGUCUGAAUUGCCGAGGGGCAUGUGGAGCUUGUCGAGUUGUCUUUCGGGGAUUGCGGGUGGAAUCGGAGGGCUAGUGGCGGGCUUGAUGAUGAAUGGAAUUGAUUUGGUUAGCAAGAGAGGAGGGAAGGAAAGUUGGAUAUCUAGUAAUAUUAAUAAGGGACAUUAUGAUUAUUAUUGUAUAGUUCUUGCUGGGGUUUGUUUAGUUAAUUUGGGUUAUUUUAUUAUUUGUAGUAGGGCAUAUGAGAAUACUAAUGGAAGGGUUAGGGUAGAGAAGAGUGAGGAAGAAAAUGUGUCAGUGUGAAGACAGUUGCUAAUU